UUCGGGUUACAGACCUGAAGAUGGCUGAAGUGCUAUCAGAGAAGCCCAGCUCUGACUUCCUCUUCUCUGUGUGCUCGAGGUUUCACUGUGUUUCCGCUCACAGUGAGAGAUGUUUGAAUGAUCACAGAAUAGAAGAUAUUCAUCUGGAUCACACGAUGAAGAUCAUCCAGCUUCAGAUCUAUCUGUUCAUGUGGUCUCAAGUCACAGAGAGUCUAACAAACACAGCAGUAACUUUAGGAGCUGAUGUGAUUAUAAGCUGUGAUCUUGAUAUAAAGGAGAUUUACUGGUUCAGACAGAAAUCAUCAGAUCCUCCAGAGUUGAUCUUACGCACUUUCAGUAGCACAGAAGGAGCAGCUAAAUAUGAAAACAGCAUCUUCAAACUCAAAUACUCAGUGAAAACUAACAGUAGUCUGUUCAUCAGAAAUAUCACCGCUGAUGAAUUAGGAGUUUAUUAUUGUGUGAAAACUAGUGAACCACAAAAAUUCAGCAACGGCACCAAAAUCUACAUCAGCAACUCAGUCUACAGGAAUCAGACGGAAUCAAAAGAUGCUCCACAACAGGAGACACCAUGGAGAAACCUGACCAUCAUCACAUCUGUUCUGCUGAAUGUGCUUCUGAUCAUUGCAUUAAUAGGUUUGGUGAAGAGCAACACUGAUGCAACUGGAAGAUGUAAAAAUGACUCAAAUAAUCUACAGUGUGCUGAAAUAGAUUUUUCCAUGUGUGCCGGUAACACCAGGUCUUGUCCAGAGCAGAGCAAGAUUGUCUACCGCCAAUGUAUGAUGUAGAAUACAUUAUAAAUACAAACUGUGCCUUUAUAUCAUUUUUUUUUCUUUUUUACAAGCUAUAGUUAUUUUCAUAUACA